CCCAUUAUGAAAUUCACAUUUGGAGGUCAGAAAGGGAAAGGUUGAUAAAUGGGAUAACAAGAGGAGGAGGAAGCAUGUCCAUUGUCCACUACUGAGACAGGACAGGGGAAUGGCAACCAUGUCCCUUACAUUUGCAGUUGCAGCACCGUCUCUUAAUUACCUUCCUUCAACAACACAGACCGUUAUCAUGUGUGAGCCUUGCAAUGGAACAGGCUGGCUAGUUUGUGACUUCUGUAAUGGCCAAAAGACCAACGUCAAAGCCCAAAACAAUAAACGUACCUACCUCGAUGUCCUUCCUGCAAAGCCCUUGGAUAUGUCUUGUGUUCAAACUGCAAAGUCUUCAAGUGCGUCACUUUCCCUAAUUUCAACGAUUCUCAGAACUGAAUGCCAAAAUUCAGCAACAAACAUUCUUUCUCUUGUUUAUUUUGCAUUCUUCACACCUGCUCGUCUCCUACUUGUACAAUUUUACUACUUUUAGAGAAAUUGAUUUCGUCUACUUGUCAAAUAAUUGAAGAAAGAUAGUAAGAUAUGAUUCACUGUUUUACUGUCAUCAUUUUUGUAUUUCUUAUGGAUUGUACUGUAACUAAUGCCAUUCAAAAAAUUGUAUAUUCAAAGCUUGUCAUGCAUUAUUGAUUUCCAGUGUUCA